AUGGCCCAACUCACAUCUCUCAUCAUCAAUAUCUUCUAUUCCAACAAGGCAAUUUUCCUUAAGGAAUUGAUCAGCAAUAUUUCCAAUGCCUUGGAUAAGAUAUAUUAUGAGAGCCUGACAGACCCAUCCAAGUUAGACAGUGAAAAAUAGCUGAAAACUGACAUCAUCUCAAACCCCCAGGCAUGCACCUUGACUCUGGUGGACACAGGCAUUGGCAUGACCAAAGCUCAUCUCAUAAAUACUCUGGGAGCCAUUGCCAAGUCUGGUACAAAAGUAGUUAGGGGUGGUCUUCAGGCUGGUUCGGACGUCUCCAUGAUUGGACAAUUUGGUGAUGGCUUUUAUUCUGCCUACCUAGUGGCAGAGAAAGUGGUUGCAAUCACAAAGCACAGUGAUGAUGAGCAGUAUGCCUGGAAGACUUCUGUUGGGAGUUUCUUCACUAGACAACCUCACCACAGUGAGCUUCUUGGUUGGGGUACCAAAGUGAUCCUCUACCUCGAAGAGCAGACAGAGUACUUAAAGAAGAUGUGGGUCAAAGAUCCCUGGUUCAACGACUUGAAGAAGGGUUCAGCUUGUGCAAGAUACUGCAAAGUCAGAAGCAACAAGCAUGGACACAGGCUUCAGUGCACCCCUGUGGAGUUACAGCUCUUCUCAUGGGGUUCUACUCUGCUGUGGUCUCCUCUUCUCGGGGAACUUGGGGCUCUCGCCUGUUAG